GGAUUUCUUCCGCGGCUCUGGCAUUCCGCCUCGCCUCCGCUGGGAGGUCGAGCGGCGUGCUCCAGCGCACGUGUGUCACUGGGAGACCUCCGUUCCCCGAGCAACAGAAACAUUGCGAGGGGCACAGCCCCUAACCUUGUCGUAACACAAUGAAGGCGCAGCCUGAGGCAGGCCUCAGAUUUGAGGGAUGAAAAGAAGAUGGGACGUGUUGUGGAUGCGUCCUGCGUCUCCGAAAUUAUGCCCCCCCUCAAAGGGUUAGGGGCCCCCUCCCUGCGAGCCCUUGGAGGUUGAUUCUCCGUCUUCCUGAGCACGGGCGCCCCCCGGGGCUCCAUGAUCGAGAGAGGUCGGCUCGGAACAGCCUUCCACGCCGUGGGGCGGGGGGGGGAAAGGAUCUGCGAAGAGUGCCGCCGCUGGAGUUCUCUCUCUGGCUCGUUCGGGCGGGCCCAGCCGUGCCUCCCCCACCGUGACCGGGGAGGGUUCUUCGAAGAGUCCCCCUCCGACCCCCCGACCUGGUCCAGUCCCCGACUCCAGGGGAGCGAGCAAUGGCAUGAGCACAAAAACUCAGAGGUCCGCGCGGAUUUCUCGGAUCGGAGCGCGCCAGGGGCGGCGCCAGAGGCGCCGCCAGGGUGGUCCCAGCGCCGAUCCGAGAAAUUUGGGCGGACCUCCGAGUUUUUUUUGUUUAUGUCAUUGUUCUUUCCCCUAUUCUUUCGUCGACGCGCGCACGGGAGAUCGGGCGGGGGGGGGGCCUCUGAGAAGGCAUUGUGCUUCUCCCAGCAGGGCUCCGCGAGGGAUUGCGAGCUGCCCCCAGUGCCUUCUCGUUCUCGGGAGGCCGUGCACCUCGGCCCGUCCUGCGCCCCCCACCCGACUCCCUAGGCGUCCUGGGCGACUCGUCAAAUAAUGAUUUGACGGUCUGUGGGUUCGGCGCUUGCGCGGUCGGCGUUACGUCAAUGCUGGCAUGAGGCGUUUUGCCCACGCGCAGGGGUGUCCGAAAUUCGGCAGUACUCUCGCAGCAUUGAAGAACGCGUUUUCUGGCAAGUGCCCGAGCUGUCGGGCGCUUCGAUUUCGAACGGCGUUUCAAUCUAUUGGUGACGAGGCUUGUCGAUGGGAGCAAAGCAGAUGGGUUCGGAAGAUCGCGCCGGGCCGCUGAUGCAUCGCCAAUGCGGCUCGAUGUCGAGCCCGAGUUCCUCCACGCCGACGGCGCCGAUGCGCCGUCGACGUCGCCGAUGCAUCGACGAUACUUCGGCGAUGCAUCGGCGAUGCGGCUCGGUCCUCCGACCCCGUCCGCCCAGCCUCCAUCCUGGAGGCCUCGAGAUUCUUGCCCGCCGCCCCAGGGAGAGGCGGGCGAGGAGGCCAGCAGCCCGGGGAGCUCGGAGAGCAGCCGCGGCGUAGGGCUGCCCGUGGGCGGUGCGGGCGUGGGCGGCGGGGAGCACUGCGACCCGGUCGUGGUCGGCCACUGCGCCCUCCGCGAGACCACAACGGCCGGAGCGGGCGCGGGCAGCGCGGGCGCGUGCGCCGUGCUGUGCAGCGUCGUGGUGCGGCCAGAGCUGCGGAGAACAGGGGCGUCGGCCGCUUCAUGGUCGAGCGCGCCGAGGCCGAGGCGUGCGCCCGCGGGUUCUCUUUCCUGUACGUGUGGACCGUGGACGGCACCGAGGCGCUGCUGCGCUUCUACCAGCGGGCUGGCUUCGAGCUGGCGGAGGCCCCCGGAGGAGCAGCGCGGCGGCGGGCGGCUCGAGGCGCUGACGGCCGCGGUCGCGCGGCCCGCGCACCGACCGCGGGGGCCCGCGUGGUGGUCUGGCUCCGCAAGGCGCUGCGUGGCGAGGGCGGGCAGGGGCGAGGCCGCAGGGGCCGCGCCGCGCGCAGGGGCCGGCGGGCGGCGGGCGCGCGGCCCGAGGAUCCCGGGAUCGGGCCACAGUCCAGCGUGACCUCGGCGGCGCAUUUGCAUGCGAGGGGGCUGGAAGCAGUCGUCGUCCUCGUCCGCGUCCCCGAGGCGUCACGGCUACCAUCUUUUGGUGAUGUCCUCGGGAUUCCGUCUCUGGAGUGCACAAUUGUGCGCUAGCGUCAAGCAAUCGUCGAGCAAACGCCGAGUUAGCGUCGAUUCGCGGCUACGCAGCUUCGAUCAGUGUCGAUUCAGCGUCGAUGGUCGUCGACUUAGCGUCGACCAGCGUCGAUGAACGAGAACCAACAGGAUGGUAUGGGAGGCUCCCCGGAAUUGCCACCGAACCGCCUCCUACCCUUUACGGGCCUCUCGGGGCGGUCGGCUCGUACGGAUGCGGCUGGGCGCGGCUGGAGGAGCUGGCCAGGGCAGAUCCUGGAAGCGGUGUCUGGGCACCUGUCUCUUGGGGGGGGGGCACAGACACGAAUAAGCGUCGCUUCCCAGGAAGAGAUGGAACAUGUGGGAGGCGGAGGGGAAGGGAGUCUUGUUCUUUAUGUUUAUUUAUUUGUGUGUCUCUGGGCCCCUGUGGGCUGUCGCCCCCCCCUGCCCCCAUCCCUCCCCGGGGGCGCUGCCUGGGGAAGAGAGCAGCUUCUGUGGGCUGCCGCAGUGGUUCCGUGCCCCAGCAGGUGGCGGACGCCGACGCGGCAGAAGACCGCCCGCCAGCGGGGGGCACCGCGGGAGACGCUCGGCGGCUGGCCACGCUCGAAG